AUGUCACUUAGAGUCUACAUAGGAUAUUGCUCAGUUGUAGGAGAUGGCGGUUUUCAUGCUAUAGCAGAAUUCGCUGGCCAUCACCGUAUUGAUCGUGUCCAACAGUACUCAGAGAAGCGUACACACAUCACAGCGACAGACGCUGACCUCGCUAAUUUCCGUCGGCGGGACAGCAGUGGUGCUCUACAGAGAGGUGAUUCAUCUCUUCCAGAUGGACGACAUAUCUCCAAUCUCCUUGGACGGCAGUAUGACUCCCUCUCUGAAAUGGUCGAUUUAUCGGACGGAGGCCAAGAAAAACAACAAGUAAGUACUGCCCAAUGUAAUUAA